AUGUACUUGGUGGGGUCGCGCGCCUACGGCCUCGCUGGUCCCGACUCGGACUACGACGUGACCGUGGUCAUAGAGAGCGCGUACGAUCUCGUCGGGCUGCAGUUCCUCUCCUUCUACGACGGCAAUCUCAAUCUCAACAUCUUUCACCUGGCCUACUUUCGCAAGCUCAUCCAACAAAACGUUGUCUGGAUCCUCACGGUGCUCUACUUGCCGCGAGAGUUCGUGUGGAAGGAGGAGGUGCGAGUGCCGUUUGAGCUCAGGAAGGUCGACCUCAGGCGCGCCGUGACGCUGGAUGCGGACCACCACCUCUCCAAGGCCAAGCGCCUCUGGGUAGUCAUCUUCACCACCACCAUCGCCAUCAUCACUGGCCUCAUGCGCGGUGACAUACGGCGAGGCAAAAAGAACAUCCUACACGGAUUGCGGACGCUCCACUACGCACUGCAGCUCCUGCGACAUGGGGCCAUCAUCGACCUGCAGGAGGUCAACCACCAUUGGCCUGAGAUCGACGCGGACCCCUCGACCGACUGGGCACACUACCAGAAGCGGUACCUGCCGCUGUACCAACGACUCAAGAAGGAGGUGACGGCCCUCACCGAGCCCAAGCCGAUUCCUCCCGCCGCAUUCACCGAGGAGCGACCCCUCACGCUCGCCUACGUCGAACGCUAUGGCCUGAGCGCACCCUCUACGGAGCUGGACAUAUUCAUCAAGAGGGACAGCAAGUACCCCGAGCUGGUCCUGCUCCAUCCCGACAAGUUGUGCUCGCCCUAUUCCAACCCGGUGGUGAGGGAAUGCUCCUCGGGUCUGCUGGUCGAGUUGACCAAGCCCACCGCGCAAGCCAACCAAGACAAAAGCGAAAGCGAAAUCGAAAAGAACGAAAGAGAAAGCGAGAGCGAGGAGAUCAGGCGGCUCGUGUGCCUCCCCUACCCGAAGGUGUACGAACUCGGGCACGCCAACGCCGAGCAGAUCUGCGACUGGUCGGGCGCCAAGGUGUUCAGGAUCGAGAUCACCGACAACGCGCGAGUCGUCUCGCUCUACCACUAUGCCGACGAAUGGCGCAUCUGCUCGUCGGAGUCGAGCGACUGCUCGGAUCGGAUCUGCCGAGUGCGGGUCAAGCACGGCUCCGCCGAGGAGCCGAGGAGAGAAGGAGGCGAUGAUGAAGAGGAAGAAGAGGAUCGAUACUACCUCAACUUCCCCAGCACGACACACUACAACCCGUGGAACUUCUUCGAGGAGAAGCUGACCAAGCCCCGUCAAGCCUUCGCCGCAUUCACCACGGCCACGUCAACAGCGACUGGGCAGGGACCCCAGCAUGGAGACAAAAAUGAAGACGGGGCACAAGAAGACCUUGGCGAAGGAAUGAUCAACAAAACGUUUGGCGACUUCUUUUGGGACAUCUGGCAGGAAAGGGACUACCGAUUCCCCGAAGACACCAGCCUCUGCUACUGCUUCAUGACCGCAGUGCCAGCGAUACAGAUCUUCACACACCUCACCCCACCAGAUCCCGCCUCGGCCGGACAGGCGUGGCUGAGCGGUGUGCGCGAUAUGAAGACGCUGCGCCAAUUGGCUCCGGAGGAGGUGCGAGCCAUCGCCCAUGCGCGCGGCUGGGAGACCAUUUCUGCUGAGCGCCUGGAGUGUGUCACGGCGCAGACAACGGCAACAAUCGAUGACACACCUGAUGCCCCCUCGGCCUCUUCGUCAUCGUCGUCGCCGCAGUUUCCGUUCCCAUGGCCACCCGUGGCGCCGUCAUCCGAGCCGCUGGACCGCAUUCUGCAGCGAGAACUCGACCCUGUCAAGUGCGCCGGUUUCCUGGUCGUCGACGACCGAAUGCGAAGGGUGAAGGUGGUCUCGCCUCAAUACUCGGCGCUCUCGCGGCUGAGCUGGUGGUCGGGCGACGAGGCCGCCCUGCGUCUCCUGCUUCUCGAGGUGGUGCGCGCCAACGAUCACGACUCCUUCAUCCGCCGCUACCCCCAAUGGGAGGCCACCUACCGCCAGGUCCGCCAGCAGUUCCACGCCCUGCUCUCCCUGCUCGAACAGGUGUACAGCCCCCUGAUCUCCCGACCCAGAGAGGAGUUUCUGGCGGCUGCGCAGAACGGCAAAUUGAGGAAGGUGCUCUUCAAGAUGGCGCGGAAGAGCGUGUGCGAUGUGCGGGACUAUCUGAACGACGUGGCGCCCAAGAAGCUCGCCGCUUGGAUGCGCCUCGCGACGGUCACCCACCGGCCGUAG